UUUGCACAUCCUUCACACACUUUCUUUUUGUUCAAAAGUGAAAGAUAUGUCUCCUCAAGGCCAUUUUCUCACACUUUUCAUAAUCUUAGCCUCUUUCUCAUCAUGUUUUGGGAGUUACCAAGAGGACCCACUUGAUCCUAUAGCCUAUACUACAUCAAAACACACCGUUCAAGACAAAAAGUACUUUGAGAAACGAAGUUUUCGUCUGACAAGAAGGCUUGCCCAAGCAAGCACCCCUUCAGCUUCAACAAAGCUGGUUAAUGUAGAUGACUUUGGAGCUAAAGGUGAUGGAGGAGAUGAUACUGAGGCAUUUAGGAAAGCUUGGAGUGAGGCUUGUUCUUCUGAAGAUAGUGUUCUUGUGGUACCUGAAAACAGGAACUAUCAUCUUAAGCCAAUUACAUUCUCAGGUCCUUGCAAAUCUAAUUUCACAUUGCAGGUUUAUGGAACAAUCAGUGCUUCUCCUAGUAGAUCAGAUUAUCAAGAAGACACACGUCAUUGGAUUGUGUUUGAAAAUCUUCUAAAUUUUAGAGUUGAAGGUGGGGGCAUCAUCAAUGGCAAUGGAAGAAAAUGGUGGGAAAACUCAUGCAAAAUCGACAAAACACUUCCUUGCACGCAUGCACCAACUGCCGUGACUUUCCUCAGCUGCAACAAUUUGAGAGUAUCUGACCUGCGGAUCCAAAAUGCACAACAAAUGCAUCUCACGUUUCAGAAGUGUGUAAAUGUCAUGGCUUUAAAUCUCGUGGUAACUGCACCAGGAAAUAGCCCCAACACUGACGGAAUUCAUGUCACAGAAACACAGAACAUUCAUAUACAAAACUGUGUCAUAAGAACAGGUGAUGAUUGCAUUUCAAUAGUUGGUGGGUCAGAAAAUAUUCAAGCCACAGAUAUUACCUGUGGACCAGGCCAUGGAAUAAGCAUUGGAAGCUUAGGUGCGGACGGUUCAAGUGAUUAUGUUUCAAAUGUGAUGGUUAAUAGAGCCAGACUUUCAGGAACCACUAAUGGAUUGAGAAUAAAGACUUGGCAGGGAGGCUCCGGAUAUGCAAAAAAUAUCAUGUUUCAAAAUGUUGCAAUGCACAAUGUUAGCAAUCCUAUAAUCAUAAAUCAAUACUACUGUGAUCAAGAUGAACCAUGCUCAGAGGAGGCCUCAGCUGUGAAAAUAAGCAAUGUUGCUUUCAAAAACAUCGAAGGUACCAGUGCAUCGGAGGAAGCCAUAAAUAUACAUUGCAGCAAGAGUGUUCCUUGUCAAGAAAUUGUAUUGCAAGAUGUGAAUCUAGGCCUCCAAGGAGAUGGAAGUGUCGAAGCCACUUGUGAGAGUGUUAAAUUCACAAACAAGGGGAAUGUCUCUCCACAGUGCUCAAAUAAUUGAGAGGAAAAGCCAACAUGCAUAUUCUUACCUUGAUGAUGUAAAUAUAUAUCACUGGUUUAAUUAGUCAAAUUUCAUGUUGUUUUAAUCUCAUAAG